CCUCCAUGAAAACGCUUCCUUAGAGUGUUAUUAAUAUUCAGGUUAUGUUUUGGAUUGAGUUACAUUGAAAAAAAAUUGCAAGUUGGUCAAAACGCAACCUUACAAAAAAUAAUUAUUAAUAAUAUAAAAUUAAUGGGGUUGUCGUUUACAUUCCGUAGUAUCUUAUUAGGCGUGCCAGUCGGUUACAUUUUUUUCAAUCAAGUCGGUUGUAUCGUUCGAGUGGAAGGUUCUUCAAUGCAACCAACAUUGAAUCCUGAUUUAGAAAAAAUUGAUUGGGUAUUUCUAAAUCGCUGGGCUGUGAGAGAUAGAAGUAUCAGUAGAGGAGACAUAGUAGCUUUUAAAUCGCCGAAAUAUCCGUACCAGAAACUCAUUAAACGCGUUAUUGGGCUGUCUGGUGACGUGAUUUACACUCUUGGCUAUAGGAAAGAAAUUCUUGAAGUACCUGAGAAGCAAUGCUGGGUGGAAGGUGAUCACACUGGAAAAUCAUUGGACUCAAAUACAUUUGGCCCUAUACCCCUUGAAAUAAUAACGGAAAAGGCUACACACAUUGUUUGGCCUCCUAGUCGAUGGCAGAGUCUGGAAAAUAACAUACCGGAUAACAGGAUACCUAUAAAUUAUUCACAUGCAAUUGCAGCUUAA